UCGGAACAUAUCAAUACGUGGUUGGUGAGAGGGUAACAGUGAAUUUAGUUUUAUAAAUUAAAAUAGUAAUUUCUCGUCGCAAGACCAGACUAAAAUAAAUCAAAAUGGUCACAAAAUAUAUUGUUUCGUUAUUCGCCGUCGCCUUCAUCAGCGGAGUCGUUGGAGAAAGUUGCCAAAAUCCAAAAGUAGAGGCUACAUCUUUUACAAGUUUAGACGCCACAGUCGUGACACAAAUAGCAUAUAUAACUGAAUUUACACUGUCUUGUGACAACCCACUUCCCGAAAACUAUGCAUUGUACGCUGAAGUUGAUGGAAAAUCACUGUCCGCGGCCCGCAUAGGCCCGAACAAGUAUCAAGUAUCGUGGACAGAGGAGCCGGCUAAGGCGCGCUCUGGCGUACACGAGGUCCACGUACUUGACGAGGAAGGCUGGGCAUCGCUGCGCCGCGCGCGCCGCUCCGACCCCGCUGCCACCGUCGCGCCUCUUCUCGCUAUCCAGCUCCACCACCCUGGCAGUUACUCUGGGCCGUGGGUGAACUCCGAAGUGCUGGCCACCGCCAUCUCGAUCCUGGUGGCGUACACGGCUCUCCGCAACAAGAGCAAAAUCUUAGCGUAAUCCUUGUUUAGUUUUAUGUUAAUUUAAUAAAGUUUCUAUUUAAAUUGUU